AUGCACUUCCAACUCCCAACACUCAUUCUCCUGCUUACCACUCUCGUGGCCGCAACACCCAUCCCCCAAAGCGACAUCGCAUCCGGAUUAGGAGGUGUCCUCUCGGGCGUCGGUGAGAUUGCUCAGGUUGUAGAGAUUGCGGAUGGAGCUACACAAGCAGCUACAAAAGGGCUGGGGGCCGCGUUGGGGGCGGGCUUAGCCUUGGAGGGUUGA